GAGAAGCAGAGAGACAGAGAGAAGCAGAGAGACAGAGGGAGGCAGAGAGAGUCACAGAAGCGAAGGAGAACCAGAGAAAAAUGCAGGAGAUCAAGAGAGUCAAACAUCUGCUGGAGCUACUGAUGGUGGAUCUACAACUGGCCCACCAAGAGAUAGAGAGAUUGAGGCUAUGGCAGAAAGUCAUGGAGGAUCAGCGACCAAGACUGGCCUGGAACAACAAACCUAUUGAGACAGAAAGAGAGAGGGAAAGAGAGAGAGAAAGGGAGAUGGAAAGGGAGAGAAAAGCAGAAUUGGAAAGACAAGAAAUGAAGAAGAAAGUGAAACAGGCAGAAGAAACGAUAAAAGCGUUAGAACGAGAGAUUGAGACAUUGAAAGAGAUGGAAAAGGAAAUCAUACUUGAAAGAGAAAGAGACAUGUGUAUUGCAGAGAAUGAGAAAGUCAAACUGGUUAACGGAAAGGUAAAAGAGUUAGAGAGAGAGGUUGAGAGACUGAAAGAAGAUAUGACAACAAAAGAGAUUCAAUACAAAAUCAAAUUUGAAAGAGCGAAAGAAGCAUAUAGAAGACAGAAUGAGAGAGUGAAACAGGUUAACCAAAAUGUGCUAGUGUUAGACAGAGAGGUUGUGAGAAUGAAAGAAGAGAUUAGAUUGAAAGACGAGACUGAACCAGAGAGAACAUUUGAUAGAGACAGAGAGAGAGAAAAUGAUUGGAGACGAAGUGAAGAGGAGAUGAAAAAUAGAGUGGAGAGAGAGAUGGAGAUGGAGACAGCCCUCAUCAAUGACAAAAAGACGUCUGAAUUGGAGGAAGUCUUCAAGAAAAUCAAGGUACAGCUGCUAGAAUUAGAAAAUAUGGAAACAGACAAAAAAGAGACAAAAAAAUAUGGAAAGCAAACAAGAGAGACAGAGAGAGAUUGAAAGAGUGAAUGAAGAAGAAAGAUGUAAACAGAAGCAAAUAGAGAUGGAAGAGGAAGAAAGAGAGAGGGAGAAAGAGAGAUGGGAGAGAAAGAGAGACGACAACAACAAGAGGAGAGAAAGAGAAAGUUUGAGAGAGAUCAAGAAGAAGAAGAUAUAUGGAAACAGAAGCAAAUUGACAUGGAGAAGGAGGGAAGAGAGAAGAAGAAGAUACAGAGAAAGAUAGAAGAGAUACACAGACGACAACAACAAGAGGAGAGACAGAAACAAAUGGAGAAAGAGAAAGAAAGGGAGAAAGACAAUGAGAAUCAGGGAGAGAUGGAAUUAAAAGAUCAGCAACAGAAAGAGAUGGAGAAAGAAAAUAUGAUUAUGAGAGAGAGGGAGGAAGCAGGAAGAACAAAUGAGGGGCAGAAUGAACUGGAGAUAGAACAGGAGAGAGAGAUGGAAGAAAAGCAGGAAGUGAUUAUUAUAAGAAAGCAGAGGAAGACUACAUGGAAAGAGAAGAUAGAGGAAAGGAAGUAAGCAUGAAGAAAGAUGUAGUAGUUCAUGUUAAAGCUAAAGCACGGGAAGUCUUCAAUAGACGUAAAGAGAGGAGGUUAGAAGUGUUGAAGGGGGAACGAGAACACAUAGAAAGAGGACAACAAAUCAGGAGGGACAAGGAGGAAAGACGGCUGGAGAUGGAAAGAAAACAGGAGAGGGCAAGACAACAAGAGGAGCAGGAUAAAAAACAACAGAUUGGAAUUGCCAGACAGAAAGACAUGUUCAGACUAAGAGAGGAGGAGAGGCAGAGAGAGGAAAAGAGAGAG